AUGAGCGUCGUCGGGAUCGACUUCGGGAACGCGAAUAACGUCGUCGCGCUGGCGCGAAGGAAAGGGAUCGACGUCGUGCUGAACGACGAGUCCAAGCGAGAGACGCCGAGCAUGAUUAAUUUCGGGGACAAGCAGGCGCCGAUUCGUCGGGUGCGCGGCGGCGGAUAAGAUUAACAUGCAACCGAAGAACACGCUGACGCAGCUCAAGCGCUUGAUUGGGAAAAAGUACGACGACGUCGAGGCGCAGAGCGAUUUGCAAAACUUGCCGUUCGCCGCCAAGCGCGGAGCGAACGGGGAGUUGAUGUUUACCAUGCAGUACAUGGGGGAGACGCGAGAUUUCGUGCCGGAACAGUGCGUAGCGGCGAUUUUGGCUGAUUUGAAGAGAAUCGCGGAGAACGACAACGGCACCAAGGUGACGGAUUGCGUCAUCUCGGUGCCAGUCUUCGCCACGGACGCGGAGCGCCGCGCGAUGCUGGAUGCGGCGUCGAUUUGUGGCUUGAACGUGUUGCGAUUGAUGCACGAAACUACGGCGACGGCGUUGGCGUACGGGAUCUUCAAAACCUCAGAGUUCACCGACGAGCCGGUGAACACGGCGUUCAUCGACGUCGGUCACUCUGCGAUGCAAGUGUGCAUCGCGCAGUUCACGAAGAAGGGGUUGAAGAUUCUGUCUACCGGUUUCGACCGAAACUUGGGUGGACGCAACUUUGAUGAAGUCAUGUUCGAUCACUUUUGCGAAGAGUUCAAGGCGUCGAAGAAGAUUGACAUUCGUUCCAACGCUCGCGCGUCGCUUCGUCUGAAGACGGCGAUCGAGAAGAUGAAGAAGAUUCUUUCCUCGAACCCGGAGGCGCCGCUCAGCAUCGAGUGUCUCAUGGAUGAUGUCGACGUUCAAUCGAUGAUGACUCGUGAGAAGAUGGAAGAGCUCGCGGCGGACACGAUCUCCAAGCUCAUGGGCCCGGUGGAGACGGCGGUGAAGGAAGCCGGACUCACCGUGGACGACAUCUCUGCCGUCGAACUCGUUGGCAACGCUUCGCGCAUGCCCGCCAUUUCGAGUCGACUUCAAGAGUACUUCGGCAAGGUGCCGGGGCGCACGGUGAACGCGUCAGAGUGCGUGGCGCGCGGUUGCGCGCUUCAAGGCGCCAUGCUUUCGCCACUCUUCCGCGUGCGCGAGUUUGAAGUUCAAGACUCGUUCCCGUUCCCGAUCUCCGUUGCGUGGGCCAGCGAUGACGGCACGAACAAGACGAUGGAACUUUUCGAGCGCAAUAACUUAGUUCCCAGCACCAAGCUCAUGACAUUCUUCAAGAACGACAAAUUCUCCAUUCAAGCGAGUUACGCCGGAAGUGAGCUUUUGUCCGAGUCCACAGAACCCGUCGUCGGCACGUACGAAAUCGGCCCGUUCGCAAAAGCCGCGGAUGGUGAGAAACAAAAACUCAAGGUGAAAGUACGUUUGAACCUGAACAGUUUGGUCACUGUCGAAUCCGCGCAAGUCGUGGAGGAAAUCGAAGAAGAGGAAGCGCCGGCGCCGGAGGAAGAGAUGAAGGACGAAGCCGCGCCGCCAGCCGACGGCGCGGAGGGCAUGGAAACCGACGCCGCGAGCCAGGAACCCAAGGCGGAGGAGCCAAAGGCGGAGGAAAAGCCCCCGGCCAAGAAGAAGGUUAAAAAGACGGACGUACCGGUGACGAGCCACGUCGGCGGUUUGCCGCCAAAAAUCGUCGAGCGCUUCACCAACGAAGAGUACGACAUGGCACUGCAGGACAAGGUGAUAGAAGAGACGAAGGAGCGCAAGAACGCCGUCGAGGAGUAUGUGUAUAGCAUGCGCUCUAAGAUUGCCGAACAACUCGCCGAGUACGUCGAUGACGCCACUCGCGAGAGCUUCAACGCGCUGUUGAACGCCACGGAGGAUUGGUUGUACGAGGAUGGCGAGGACGAGACCAAGGGUGUGUACGUGAACAAGCUCGAAGAACUCAGAGCGAUCGGAGAGCCCAUCGUCGGCCGCGAGAGAGAAGAAAGCGAACGCCCCGGCGCGAUCGCCGCGCUCACGGCGUUGGCCGAAAACUUCUUGUCCCUGGCUGGAGAUGAGGCGCACGCCCACAUCGACGCCGCAGACUUGGAAAAAGUUGCGCAAGAGUGCAACGACGCCCUGGCGUGGUUGAACGAAAAGGCUACUCUGCAAGCCGCCACGCCGAAGACGCAACCGGCUGUUUUGUUGAUUUCGGACAUAGACAAGAAGCGUGCCACGUUAGAGCGCGUCGCGACGCCCAUUUUGAGCCGCCCCAAGCCGGCGCCAAAGGUUGAGACGCCGCCGCCCGCGGCUGAAGACGCCGAACCGAUGGACGACGGCACCGCCGAA